GCCGAUGGAUGCCAACGAGAACCACCGUCCCAUAUCGGAUUCGUUGUGAUGUCGCUGCUUGACUGGUCCAAGGUGCAACAGCGCGCGGCGCUCAUGGACAAGGAGAGCUCUGGCUCAAUUCCUCGACCCAAUCAUGCUUCCAGGCCUGUUCAGCGGCGCAAGAGUGUGCAAGGCACCCCUUCUUCCCUGGUAUCGUCGUCGGUCGUUCCGCGCAGUCGCCACUCGCUUCAAGCGUAUGGCUUCCUGUCGCGACCAUUGGAGACGCCUCCCUUCCAACAUCCGCACCCUCCACGCCCUGACUAUGACAUCGUGUGGAACUCGUCAACCUUGGGCAUUGCGUUCCGUUGCAACUCAAAGAACCUUGCCGUGAUUCGGCGCAUCGAAUCGGAUGCACCACCGCAAGUACUCCAGCAAGCCCAUGUCGGCGAUGUUCUACUCGCCACUAACGGCGAGCCCAAUAUCAACUUUGACGCGUGCAUGGAUCGUUUACGAACUCUGGACCACCCCGUCGUUUUAACGUUCGGUCCGUCGCCGCGAUCUCCGGUCGCCCCUGCCGCGCAAUCACUUUCGCUAGACGACAGAAGUAGUUUCUACACCUCGUCCGAGAACGCUAUCACUCAGACAACUCCUGGCAGGGUCCGCCGAAGCGGCGCACCGUCACUUGUGUCCACCGACAUGAACGAGUCGAUCGUGAGCAGAGACGUGGACGAUCCCGAGAAUCUCCAUCACAUUACGUACACGAUCGAGUGGCUCGAAGGCCUCAAAUUGGGCGUUAGCAUCAUCAAGAUGGGCAAUAUCCCCGUGGUAAAAGAACGCACGGUGCCAGCGUCCUUGGCCCCGCCUUCGCUCUCCCAAAUCCAAGCACAUGACCAGCUCAUUGCAAUCCAAGGUCAUAGCACCGCUGACCUGGGGUACAAAGCAUCCAUCGUACUGUUGCGGGAUGCGAAAAAGCCCGUACAACUCGAGUUUCGGCGGAAGGUACAGCCUGUGUUGCCGCCGUCUCCUUCAUUGGCGCCAACCGCAUGCAGCCGCGAGUCAGACUACUCGCUGGUGUGGGAAGACGGUCCCCUUGGCCUGACUCUCAAGAAAGACAAAGUUCACCACACCAUGGUCGUCGCGCGGCUCAACGGCGAUGGUCUCGCAGCCCGAUGCAACCUGAUUUCGCUCGGCGAUCGCCUCGUGUCUGUGUCAAACGUCAAGGUUCAAGAGCUUGGGCUCCGAGGCACGAUGGAAUUCCUCAAAGCUGUCCCGAAACCUGCGACGCUCGUGUUCCAUCGACGGGUCAGCGAUCCAGAAGUCGAGCCACGCCUCAGGGACAGUCUAGUCCAGACGUCGUCGUCUGUCUCCAACACCGACGAAGAACUUCAAGCAUCCAAACAGGGGGACGAACCUGCAAUUGUACCUCCAACUGUAGACGCAAAGGCCGCACAGUCGGACGCUCCAGAACAUGAUGACGUUGUCACACCGCUCGUCACCCUUCAAUCGUCACCAUCGUCGUCAACGCCGCCGUCGAAAGACCCGCCACUACCUCUAUCCCAUACCUCGACGUCCACGAACUCGGAUUUGGACGAUUCCGGCCUGUUGACAAGUCGAUUGUAUGCAGCCCCGCCAUCUAACGUCUCGGCAUGUGGCCUGCCGAUGAUUGAAAUCGUGUGGGCGUCAGGUCCGCUGGGAAUGACGCUCAAGCAGAGCGGGAAGAGUGUCGUGGUGAGUCGCAUCACGGGGAAAGGAGAAGCCCCAAACCUCCGCGACCUCCAGAUGGGCGACAUUCUGGUCGCAGUUAACGAGAUGGACACGACCGCGCUCGACUUGACCGUGGUGACGACGCUGCUCAAGUCACUUGUCAAGCCCGCGCGGCUGCAGUUCGUGCUCCAAAAGACAGAGGAAGAUCUUUGAUGGACGUGAUGUAUUUAUGAAAAUCAAGUCAUUUCGACCAAUCCGAAGCGUUUGCAUUGAAUUGGUGGAUUUCCAUUGGAUAAAACAAAGUGUCUCGUAGGGUUGAG